AUGGAGGGAGCUAGCCCUACUGGAGAAGGUGGACACUACUCUGGAGGCCUCCCAGGGGAAAGAGCAGAGAUGAGGCCAUGUGGCGUAGCCGCGGUGUUCAUGGGGCUGUGGGCCUUUGUGACCCUGAGCGUGGCUGCGGACGGGGGCGUGGCUGAACCCCGGCGCUGCCUCCUGUCGCACUACCGCUGGCUGGACCCCAGGGCGCUGGUGUCGAUCAAGGCCCUGAGGGACCACUACGAGCAAGAGAUGCUGAGCUGGAGGCCACGCAAUUGCUCCUUCCGCCCAAGGAGGGACCCCCCGCGGCCCUUGACCUGCGCGCGACUCCGCCUUGUGGCUCGGGACCUCUCGGACGCCCAGGCCGUGUUGAGCAGCCUCCCCAGCCCCGAGUUGUUUCCUGGCGUCAUCCCGACCCUGGAGCUGCUGGCGGCCGCGCGGAGGGACGUGGUGGCCUGCCUGGAGCUGGUGCGGCCAGGUUUCUCGAGGAAGUCCCUCCGGCCACCCAGGAGGCGCCCCAAAACACGGAGAGCUGACUCGCCUCGAUGCCACGAAGCCAGCGUCAUCUUCAACCUCCUGCGCCUGCUCACGUGGGACCUGAAGCUGGUGGCGCACUCGGGGCCUUGUCUCUGACCCCGCGAAGUCUCCGCGGGGAAGGCGGAUGGCUGCGAUCGCGGCUGGGGUGCCUUUUC